UUCUUUUCUAUUUGUUUGUUGAUAAUUAAAGUGGGUUAAAAAAUGUGAGCGAUGAGUGUAGGCAAUGUGUUCAAAUUUGCUUUAUUCGUCCGAAUUUUCGUUGUUCUUCUGCAGGUGAUCUUCAAUCGUUGUGUGCCAGACCAUAAUGCUGAUGCUUUUCGCUUGCCAUAUGAAAAAGGAGUCGGAAUAGCAAAUUCUAUUGUGUCUUACCUCUUGGAAGGUUUCAGUCGCUGGGAUGCACAAUAUUUCCUUCAUAUUUCCCUCUAUAGUUACACUCAUGAGAACACACUUGCCUUUUUCCCUUUGUUUCCAGUUUUAUUGAGAUACUCAUCUAAUAUAUUAUCUAUUAUUUUUCCAUUUAGUUUGAGUCCACUCAACUGUACACUUCUGGCUGGUGUACUUCUGAAUUGCAUCCUCACUUCAUUAUCAACUGUAGCCUUAUACAAAUGUACACAAAAUGUCUUCCAAUCAGAAAUAUUUGCCUUUACAAGUGCUUUGCUUUUUUGUAUCAAUCCUGCAUCCAUUUUCUUUUCGGCUAUAUACUCUGAAAGUUUCUUCUCUCUUCUUACUUUUUCUGGUCUCUGGGCAUUAGAAAAGGGUUGUUUCUUUUUUGCCUUAUGUGGAUUAUCUCUAAGUGCCAGCAUUCGAUCUAAUGGCAUUUUAUCAGCUGGCUUUCUUAUUUAUACUUUUUUAAAGCAACAUAUAAAUUAUGUAUUUUCAUCACAUCGUCUACCAACAAAACUCACUGUAUUUUUGUUUUCGUCCACUUUAUUAAAAAUGAUUGUAUUUUUAGUGAUGUUUAGUCUUCCUUUCAUUAUAUAUCAAAUUUACUGCUACCUUUUGUUUUGUACUUCAGUACUGUCUGAAUAUGAUUUACCAGAAAUAGUUGUUAAUUUUUUGACAAGAAAUGAUCUGAAAGUACCCUCUGAACCAAGCAAAUGGUGUUUUUGGAGCAUUCCUCUUUCUUAUUCAUAUGUUCAGUCUCGAUAUUGGGAUGUUGGUUUCCUUCGUUAUUUUUCUAUUAAACAAAUACCUAAUUUCUUAUUAGCUGCCCCCAUUGUGAUCAUAAUUUUAGUGUCUUGUACAAAAUAUUUUGUUAGGCAUAGAAAAGAUCUAUGGCAUUUGGGAUUUAUUGAAAGCAAAAUAUAUGAUACUUCUGAUGUUUACAGCAAUAUUAAAUGCCUUCCUUAUUUUCUUCAUAUAUUUUUUAUCACAGUAUUCUGCAUUUUAUUCAUUCAUAUUCAAGUGGUAACACGUAUGCUGUGUUCUUCUAGUCCUGUUUUGUACUGGGUGGCAGCUACAGCCGUUUUGCCAGCUAAUGACCGUGCCAGAUUUAAACUCUUCAAAGAACAUUCGCAUAAAAAUUGGCUUCUAGUCAGUCUGUUGUACAUGAAAAAACUUUUUCUGAAGUCUUCCAUAUGGGGAAAAAUUAUAUUUUCUUAUUUUGUUGCAUAUUUCUUAACUGGUACAUUUCUUCAUGUUAAUUUCUUUCCAUGGACAUGAUUACUAGUCUUUUGAAAUGUACUAUAACUAUCUCCUCAAGUGUAGAAAAUAUUAGUGAUUCAUUCCAGAUUUAGUUGAAUGCUCAUGAAUGUUAAAAAUGGUUAAUUUUUAACUAGUUUUAUAGUAUUUGGUUAGUUUAUUAUAGAAUGUGAAAUUUAUAAUUUGCAAGGUGUAAUGAAAUGGACCAAGGUACUUCCCUUUAUACCAGUCUAGUCAUUAACUAGUCAUGAAUUUAGACUAGUUAUUUUUUUGAUAUGGUGGUUGUUAUCAUUUGUUAAAGAUGUUACUUAAUUUUAGCUAGUGUACCAAUUAAAAUGCAUUUUGGAAUGAUAUUCAUAAAAAUUUUAUAACUAAUCUGCAAUUAUAAAUGGCAAGAUAUUUUUACAAAUAUUUUUUACCAUAUUCUCCUUUUUUCAUUGUUAUCAUGGAAGUGUCAAAUUUUAUUUCAUUCCUCUUCAGAAAAGAUGUUUUUUUAUCAAAUUACAACAUAAAUAUAUAUAGGCAUUUAUAAAUAAUUUUGUCAAAAAUUAAUGUGAGCCUUUUGUACUAAUAUGAAAUGCUGAAAU